GUCCGCGUCUGCCCGCAGGCUCCAUCCGUUUCCCUCCCCUCCACGAUGAGAGAGGCUUGGGUCCGGCGUUUCCCCUCUCCCUGUAGUUGAUGGUGUUGGAAGCAGAGGUGAUGCUGGAGGCGAGAUGGCGGACAGCGUGAAAACCUUCCUCCAUGACCUCGUCAGGGGAAUCAAGGAUUCCAUCUGGGGCAUCUGCACCAUCUCCAAGCUGGAUGCCCGGAUCCAGCAGAAAAGGGAAGAGCAGAAGCGGAGGAGAGCAAACAGCGCGCUCGCCCAGCGGAGGUUUCACAUGGAAGAGAGGAGGCAAGAGAAUGAGCCCCGGAUUGUGAGCCGGAUAUUUCAGUGCUGUGCCUGGAAUGGAGGUGUAUUCUGGCUUAGUCUCUUCUUGUUUUACCAAGUAUUUAUACCUGUACUUCAGUCAGUCACAGCCCAGAUCAUCGGUGACCCUUCCUUACAUGGCGAUGUCUGGUCUUGGCUGGAGUUCAUUCUCACCUCCAUUUUCAGUGCCCUCUGGGUCCUUCCCCUGUUUGUGCUCAGUAAGGUCGUCAAUGCCAUCUGGUUUCAGGACAUCGCAGAUCUCGCAUUCGAAGUUUCUGGCAGAAAGCCUCACCCCUUUCCCAGUGUCAGUAAAAUCAUUGCCGACAUGUUGUUCAACCUCCUGCUGCAGGCACUGUUCCUCAUCCAGGGGAUGAUUGUGAGUCUGUUCCCCAUCGAUGUCGUCGGCCAGCUGAUCAGCCUCCUGCACAUGUCCCUGCUCUAUUCUCUCUACUGUUUCGAGUACCGCUGGUUUAACAAAGGAAUUGAAAUGCACCAACGGUUGUCCAACAUUGAGAGAAACUGGCCCUAUUACUUUGGAUUUGGCUUACCACUGGCUUUCCUCACCGCAAUGCAGUCCUCCUAUAUCAUCAGUGGCUGCCUCUUUUCCAUCCUUUUCCCUCUGUUCAUCAUCAGCGCCAACGAAGCAAAGACACCUGGCAAAACGUACCACUUCCAGCUCCGUCUCUUCUCCCUGGUGGUUUUCCUCAGCAACAGACUCUUCCACAAGACCGUUUACCUUCAGUCCACCCUGGGCAGCGCCCCUGCAGACAGGCUGCUCUCUCCCCAGCCGUCUCCUGCCAAACACAAGCCUGCUCCGGGGCACUGAACCACAGCCCAAGGGGGGACAGGAUGCAGGCCGGGCCUCAGCUGCUAGAAACAUCCUGGGGAAAUGCAGGACCCAGCGUGUGAGGCACUCGCGUGUUUUCCCACCACCAAAAGCCCCCCUGGGUGUUUCCGUGUC